AUGGCUGCUCGUUCUCCACCAAACUCACGCAGACGUUCUUGGAAAGUAAGCGACGUAAAAGAAUUAUGUACAAUUAUGAAAAAAAGUGAUCAAACGCUCCUAUCGAUAGCCGCAAGAAACAUCAAAGGUUUCCUUGUUUUCUUUCUUUUUUUUAUGCUAGACGAUUCUUCUUCGGUGUCCUUAGUUGAGCUUUGAACUUUGUGAAACGCAUUUUUUAAGAGAUACAGCACAAAGACUUCGUUGUCCAUCUUUGCUUCUAAUUGAAUUGCGCAUGUCUCUAGAGGACUUAUGCGGGCCCAAAAAUUUUGGCACGGUAUUUUUGGUACGGUAAAAAUGGUGUAGUGUAAACCGGGCAUUAUGUAGAGGUGCGGCCCCCAUCAACUGUUAGUACAAUCCUUUGCCGUGAAGCUUAAGUUUACAAAUCUUUUUUCCUUAGAACAGCCAUUCUAUGAAAAUCAUCCGACAUUACAUUCCCAUGCAAGACCCUUUACUCAUGAAGAUGGCUUUCAAAACCGUCAUAUUAAAGGUACGGCAGAACGAAAAUUGAAUUUUUAAGAGCGCGAGGCUACGAGCCUCUGUCCUCCGGGAGUCUCUCUGCAGAAGAGGAAGCCACUGAGUGCUCUUUACUAUUAUAAAACAUCGCACCCGCCACGGCUCUAUAAAAAAAAGCUACCAUCGUCAUAACAAGCAAGGAAGACAGCAAAAACAUUUUUUUUCGUUUUUUUGUCAGUUCCAAGUUGAUGUUUAUCUCCACGCCACGUGUUUGACGAAUUCUUUCAAGUGCGUUUAAUACCAUUGUUUAAAUUCCAAUAAAGCUUUGUUUAGUUGAAGGAAAACUUACUAAUCCUCGACUCCCUUGACUUCGCUAUAAGCCGAACUUUAUGUGGGUGUGCUCCUUUCGGCCAAUCCAAUAAUAGAUUUUUUUUAUAUUAAAACGCAUUUCCGUUCCUGAAACAAAACAAAUCGACAAUUAAUCUAAAUCCAAUUUUUUAUCUGGUGAAUGGCUUUUCCAACGAAUUUGUGAUCUACGAAGUUCAGUUCACAUAGAAUCCGAUGACACAUGGAUGACCCACAGACUCCCGCUGGUUAUCCCAAUAAAAAUACUCUAGAACCCCGGUAACUCGAACUCUGAAGGGAAACGAUAAACAGUUCGGCUUAGCGGAUAAUUAUAGUUAUCAGGGUGAUGAAGGGGAAGGAAAUUUAGUUCGAGUCAGGGAGGAAUUCGAACCUUUAUUUUUUGAGUCCGAAAAUCGGACUCAAAAAAUAUCCAUCGUCGGCCACAAUAAAAAUAAGAUCGACUAAAAGAAACAGUAGUCUUAAUUAGAAAAAAGUAAGAAUUAUAAGUCGGAAAAUCGGACUUAAGUCAAACUGUUAUUUCAUGAGAAAAAAGUGAAACCGUGAUAUAUCCUGCGGAAUCCUUUUCAAGUCCGCCAGAAAUUGACCAAGGAGAGCGGGUUUGAUUUAAGGUGAAUUUAUUAAGUCAGAAUAAUAGGCAAUAACUUGUAUUUUAAAAAAAGAACGAGCUGAAAAAUAGAGAAUAUCACCAUUUUUAGCGGAAUUUUACAAAAUUGGAAAAGGACGAUUUAGUUUGGAACGCCUUAAAUGAAGUUAACUUGACCUAACUUGUAUGCUUUUCAAUCUUUUCCCAAUAAAAAAACAUCAUUAAGGUUUUGAAAUAAACAGUCAAACGUUGGAGACUAGGAUUCAAAUGCAAAUUCGCUCACUAGUCAUCGUUUUGUCAAUUAGAGCUGGCGGUUUACCUUGAGCUUCGAGAUAAUUGUUUUUAGAGAUUGAUUGAAAGUCUGUAAACAGUCCUAACACACUGCACGUAUUUGUUUAUUGGACUCUUUGGUACAGGACAUUAUAUCAAAGACCCGGGAUACAUUUAUUUACAAAAACAAACUCACCCGUCGGUUAAAGUAGUUCUAGUGGCCAGCAUGAAAAGUGAGUGCAGUAUAUUAGUAAAUCUGUGCCAACAAGUGAGUGCAGGUGAACAAGAUGCUUCAAAAGUUUAAUUGCUUUUUCAAUCAUGAUAGUGUGCUUGUUAAGAAAAUGGUUAAAUGUUUUACAAACUGUCGAUUCAGUUAACCAAGAAAAGUCUAGCUGGCGCUUUAACAAAAACGUAAAUGACAUGAGUACUAUCAAUUUUUCUAUAUGAUAAGCGUCUAGAAUCAAUGCUAAUCAUUGCGUCGAGAGAAUUGCAUUUCCCUUCAAAGCUUUAAUUUGCUAGAGGUUUAAAUUUCUGCAUAAAAAAUGUUAUCCGAGAUGCGAAACAAACGCUACAAAUCUGUCCUUUUCUCUGUCUCCCUUUCCUGUCGGCCUCACGAUGCUUAAAACUGAUUAUAAUAAUUCAUUAUGGUUGACACUUUGUGUGUAGGAAAAUGGUUACAACACAGAAUGUGAUUUUCGUGAAAAUGUCACCCUACCACGCUAAACUAUUAUUUUUAUCUAACAUUUCCUACAGAAAAGAAGGUAGCUUCCGUUUUUUGAGCUGCACAAAUUAACCUUUAGGAAAGCUUACUCCUACCUCUUUUAGUUAAACAUUUUGUUUCAUUUCAUACAAUUUGUGACGUCAGACAGAAAUUAAACUUUUACAUAAAAAAUAUGAUCUGCAAUGCGAAAAAAAAAAAAAACGUCAAAUCUCUCCUUUUUCUGUCUCGCUUUUCUGUUGCUCUCACGAUGCUUAAAACUCCUCUGAAUUGAUCUUGCGCAAAGACAUCCUUUACCCUUUACUUCAAAACACAAAAAAGAUUAGGGUUAAUUUGAAUCUUUUGAGAGAUUUCACAGUGCCCUCAAACCUCAAGUUGGGGUGUUAGACAGCCUAUUGCCUCCCUCAGUUGGCAAUUUUGAGGCCCGCAAUUGCAGAAGACGACUUUUGUGAUGACGGUUUCGACCGAAAAGAUUUCGUUUUAUUUAAGGUCAAAAAUGAAUUUUUUUCUGGCCUGUUUCUCUCUCUGCUUCCCUUUUUUGAUAGAUUGUCAAUUCCGUUCUAGAAAUGAAUUAUAGAUUGGAUAGUAAUGGCCCAAUUAUUGCCUUUACAAAGCGUCUUGAUAGUGUCAAAAGAGUUGUCCUGCUAAAGACAGCGCGGAUAUUAACAACUGGUAUUUCGUGGGCGCCGCUUGACGCUUCAGUUAAACUUUGAUUAGGUCGCAGCUGGUUAUUUGUUCUAUUCCAGUCUUCAUAAAUUGAGGGACUUUUUGAUGGUAAAGACACACGACAACGUUGUUGUAAAAAGACUAUUGACUCCCUCUAUCCCUAGAAAAACUUUGGACGAAAAGGUACGUUUUCGAACAUCUUCGAUGGUGUAAGUGUUUCUCGAAGACCGAUCAUGUUAAUUUCACUGUGGGCAGUAUAAUCUUUGUUCUGGUUAAGCUGACUUUUUUUUUUUAAUCCGACUAAGCACACACUUAAUUGUAUUGGUCAAUUCAUCGGCUAUUACUCAAGUGCUGAAUUAUUUCCCUUGGGAUGGUCACAAAAUGUUCAAUAUUUUCUUCUUAAAGCCUAGGGUUAAUGAAAUCAUGGUAGUGGAAAGUAUCAACAAACCAGGCAAACAAUUUGUAUUUGUUUUCAAUUCAGGAGAAAGAUUAUGAACAAGAAGCUUCUCUGCGCUGUGCUUCUGAUGUUGGUAGCCGUAGCCAUUGUAUGUCACGGGGCGCAGCCCCCUUCAGAUUUGCGUCUCAGACAAGGCAAGAAAAGGAGUUUCCAGGUAGAUUUUCCAUCAGCAACUGGUAAAAGAUGAAAAUAGGCAAUCCCAAUAAAAAGAUAGAUUAAGAUUACUGUCAACUGAGUAUCGAAAAAAGUUGAAAUUUCCGUUCCUUUUGAAACACAUUGUCUAAACCAAACUUUGCUUUCCAUAAUUUAAACAAUAGUAGUUGACCUUUUGCUAGAGUUUAAUCGCUUCUUGUAAAAAAAUAAAAGGAAGAGAGAUUUUUCCGAUGAAAUUUUAACUUCUUUGUAAGAAAAAGCAAUUAGGCCCAAAGAUGCGAACAGCAACAACAACAGCGGCAACAAAAAUACAAAAAAUAAUAAUAACAACAAAAACUAUUAAAAUAAAAUGACAAUUUACUUGCUUUACCUUUUGUUAGCUAAUUCCUAAGUCAUUCUAUAGCACUAAAUCCCUACUAAAACAGUUCAAUAUUUUCCGUAACUUGUUGUUUAAAUUUAUCAUUUCAUUUUCACAGUUUGUGAUCAAAAAGAGAGAAUACUGUGCAAAAGCCAGACGGGUCUGCAGUCCUGUCGAAGACAGCCUGAAUGAUGAGCCUGCCCUGGCAGACUUCAAUCCCGAAUAA